CAACCCUGGGCGGAUGCGCGCAAAGAAUGCUGGGAUAUGAUGUACUGAUGUACCACGAAGGUUGGCGGGAAUGCAGGCUUCUUCCCAACGGAGAAGGAGGACACAUUUGUAGGUCGCAUUUGGAUGAGCCUUCGCGCGGCACUAUGACGUCAUGCAGCCUACAAUUGCGCACUUUGAGGAUGCAGACACAGCCAAUGUAUGCUCGUCAUGUGUCAAGGAGUCGCUGAGCACCUCCCCCCGAGCGCAGUUCUUUCAUUUGCGCCAUUUUGUUCGCUCACUUUGUUGAUUGGGCUUUAGCGAGCUGCACUGGAGCCAAUCAGAGGGGAACCGGACAGCGACUACACGCAAAGCAUUGGAUAAGCAGCUAUGGAGCAGUACACCGCUGCCACCACGGCUACAGGAGAGCAGAUUGUAGUACAAACGGCCAAUGGACAGAUCCAACAGCAGACUCAGGGCACAGUGACGGCUGUGCAGCUGCAAACAGAAUCACCAGUGGUGACGGCCUCAGGCCAGCAGGUGCAGACACUCCAGGUAGUUCAAGGGCAACCUCUGAUGGUCCAGGUCAGCGGUGGGCAACUCAUCACGUCAUCCGGACAACCCAUCAUGGUGCAAGCCAUGUCAGGGGGUCAGGGUCAAACCAUUAUGCAGGUUCCUGUGUCUGGAGCUCAGGGACUACAACAGAUUCAGCUGGUGCAGCCAGGUCAGAUCCAAUUGCAAGGUGGUCAGACCCUCCAGCUCCAAGGCCAGCAGGGUCAGCCCCAGCAGAUCAUCAUCCAGCAACCCCAGGCAGCCAUCACAGCCGGACAGAACCAGGGUCAGCAGAUCAGUGUGCAGGGCCAGCAGGUUGCACAGACGGCUGAUGGACAGACCAUCGUCUACCAGCCUGUCAAUGCAGAUGGUACCGUCCUGCAGCAGGGUAAACUCCACUCGUACCUUCAUUACUCAAUGCUGUUGAGCUGUCCUGUUAAUGAAGAUGUGUACUUGUCAGGAAUGAUCACAAUUCCGGCAGCUAGCUUGGCAGGUGCUCAGAUCGUACAGGCAGGAGGUGCCAACACUAACACGACCAAUAGCCAGGGCACUGUGACCGUCACCCUGCCCGUCUCUGGCAACAUGGUCAAUGCAGGUGGAAUGGUCAUGAUGGUGCCUGGAGGUGGUGGAGUUCCCACAAUGCAGCGUAUCCCUCUACCAGGAGCUGAGAUGCUUGAAGAAGAGCCCCUGUAUGUAAACGCCAAGCAGUACCAUCGUAUCCUGAAGCGAAGACAGGCCCGAGCCAAACUGGAGGCUGAGGGCAAGAUCCCCAAAGAAAGGAGGAAAUACCUUCACGAAUCUCGCCACCGCCAUGCCAUGCAGCGCAAGCGAGGAGACGGUGGCCGUUUCUUUUCACCCAAGGAAAAGGAAGAAAUGGCCUUGGCACUGGCCCAGCAACAGCAGGAAGCGGUGCAAGCCGCCGCCGAUGAGACGGUGGCUCAGAUGAUCCGGGUCUCAUAGCAUCUCUCCCCAGCAUCAUCACUUCUUUUUGUGACCUCUGCUCUGCCUUCAUCCCAUCUGUCACAUCUUUGCUUCUUCUGGUCUUCCAGGCAGCAGGCCAGCCCUGUCAUGGAAAUCUCUCGUCAGUCGGCCUCAUAUUGACAAAUGCUUCCUUGGUCCAAGCAGCUAUUUAUUUUCACGUGUUGAACUGGGGCCUUCCAUACGGAAUUACGUGAAGUUAGACACGGAUAUGCUUUCAUUCAAUGGCAGGAGAAUUGGAAAUGGUACAACAUUUUUUCUCAGAGACUCAUUAACUUGAUUAUGCAUCAGUGUUGAAUUUGUAUCAUAUCAUUUAUGUCAUGUUCUGUACUUUGGACUUUUUUUUUCUUCCACCCAUGUUCCGUGUGGAAUAACCUGACAUCAACUGAGCAAAACAUUUGAAAUGUGAUACUGUUGUAAGAAUCUUGUAUAUUGGUUGUUUUUAUCCCAAAUUGUACUUACAACUAAUUUUAACAUUUUUAAACCCAUUUUAUACAGUCUAAUUCUUGGCGGUAAAGUUCUUCUAUCCUUAUUUACUUCCUGGCCCAAAAAAGUCACACAAAUACGGCACACAUUCUCUUGUACUGAUGACAUGACGUUAGGACCGCUGCCCGAGUUUCCUUCCCUGGGAUCUUUUCCACCUGCUAAUUAUGCAAUGGAUAGUUUCAGGAAUCUCCUUACGUGUUAUCUCACGCUUGCUGCAUGCCAGUAAUGAAACAGGAAGAGUACGGAGGAGAAGGUAAACGCAGCAUCAUUUAGGCCAAAAACGUCUUUCACCCACCCAGUAAAUAUCCAGUAUUUGCUUAGUGAACUGCUGCUGGUGACCUUUUUGUGGCCAGGAAUUGUAGUUAAUACUUACAAUGGUGUCUUUCAACCCAUGAGUGGAUGCAAAUGUUUUUAUACGUACAAGCAUUACUGAUUUCAUACACACACACACACACACACACACACACACACACACACACACACACACAGAAACACUAGUGGUUGGACACCUCAGCUAAUUAAAC